UUAGUUGCGGGUGGAGAGCUAUGAGAGCUACUAUGGAGCUUACAGGUCUACCUGAUAGGUGCCAGAAGAAUGGACUGGACAACCAGGCAUUCGAUUCUCAGGACACUGUCUUCAUUGAUGUAUCAGUUUCUCAUCAACCAUCAGAGGAAGCAACAUUCACAGAUCAUCACAUGAAAAGGUUCUUAAAAAAGAAAAUCGACGCAGUCCACAGAUAUCUGGAGGAACACAAGUCUAGGAUCAGACUGGUGUUGGGCCUUAUCUUGGCUGCAGGCUACGCUGCCAUGGUGAUUACGGCAUGCGUGCUGAACUUCAAACGCGCUCUAGCCCUGUUGGUGCUGACCCUGCUGGCUGCAUUCUUCCUGGUGUGGGAUUGGCUCGUGGGGCGCUACGGACAGCGCCUCUGGGACGUCCUGUUCCCUGCCAGGAAGGCCCUCAAUAAACACAGGUUCUGGCUCAAAUGGGUGAUUUAUGUUCUGCUGCUGGUAGCUGUGGUGUGUUGGUUGGUAUUUGACACAGCCAAACAGGGAACACGGCAGCUCGUCUCUUUCUCUGGCCUCGUCUCCUUCAUACUGCUCAUGCUGGUGUUCUCAAGGAACCCAUUCAGAGUCUCAUGGCAAACUUUACUGUGGGGUGUUGCUCUGCAGUUCAUAUUUGGACUCGUGAUCCUCAGAACCAGAACAGGAUUCAUGGCUGUGGAUUGGCUGGGCCAUCAAGUGGAGGUGUUCCUGUCCUAUACAGAUGCUGGCUCCAAGUUUGUCUUUGGAGAAAAAUACACAGAUCACUUCUUCGCCUUCAAGGUUCUGCCUAUUGUGGUUUUCUUCAGCACAGUCAUCUCUAUGUUGUACUACCUUGGUUUAAUGCAGUGGCUCAUCCUCAAGGUGGGCUUCAUUAUGCAGAUUACCAUGGGAACGUCUCUGACAGAGUCAACGGUUGCCGCCGGCAACAUAUUUGUGGGGCAGACAGAGUCUCCUCUCCUGAUCCGUCCAUACCUCUCCCAGCUGACCAUGUCAGAGAUCCACGCUGUGAUGACAGGAGGGUUUGCCACCAUCGCUGGAAGUGUCCUGGGAGCCUUCAUCUCUCUUGGGAUCGAUGCAACACACUUGCUGACAGCUUCUGUGAUGUCAGCCCCCGCUUCCCUGGCCAUCGCCAAGACCUUCUGGCCUGAGACUGAGAUCCCAAAAGUCACAGCCAAAGAAGGCCUGAAACUGGAGAGAGGGGUGGGCAGUAAUCUGCUGGAGGCAGCCUCUCACGGAGCCUCGUCCUCCAUCAUCCUGGUGGCCAACAUUGCUGCCAACAUCAUCGCCUUCCUCGCCCUGCUCGCCUUUUUCAACGCCAUUCUGAUGUGGCUAGGCAACAUGUUUGACUACCCGCAUCUUAGCUUCUCUGUCAUCUGCUCAUAUGUGUUCAUGCCUUUCUCAGUCCUGAUGGGUGUGGCCUGGGAGGACAGCUUCAUGGUGGGCGAGCUGAUUGGCUACAAGACAUUUCUCAAUGAGUUUGUGGCCUAUGAGAGGUUGUCAGAAUUCAUGAAGAGGAGAGAGGACAGGGGUCCAGAGUACGUGGACAACGUCAAGCAGUACCUGUCUGUCCACUCUGAGACCAUAGCGACAUACGCUCUAUGUGGUUUUGCCAACAUUGGCUCUCUGGGUGUGAUGAUAGGAGGGCUCUCGGCCAUGGCCCCAGAGCGCAGGGCCGAUAUUUCCAAGUGUGCCGUCCGAGCUCUGAUCUCAGGCACUGUGGCGUGCUUCAUGACAGCCUGCAUAGCAGGUAUGCUGUAUGUCCCAAAGCAGCUGUGUGAAGACUUCCUGAAGGAGGAGUUUAACUCGACGUCGGUCAUUAACAGCACUCAGUUGCUUUCCUGCUGCACUGAGCUUUACAACAGUGUGAUAGUGUUUAGCACCUCUAAUGUGACUCUGGGAGGAAGAUUCAGUAUGGAUUCUCUCUACGGCUGUUGCCCCAUCCUGUCCUCCCCACGUUUCAACUGCAGUCUAGUCUAUGCCUGAGACGUAGGAGGACAGAGAAGAGGAUAGAAAAUGAUGAUGCCGUUUUUGUAAUUACAUUCAUGUUCUUCUAAUUUAAUGUAUUUCUUUUUCAGAGUUCGAAGUGUUUGUUUUACAUUUCAUAAUGAUAUAUGUUAAAUUUGUGAGUUUUCUGAGACCCUUUACAGCUUGUCACCACAUGGGGGCACUAGAGCGUUCUCAUUUGGCUUGUGUAAUUGAUGUCUGUCUACCCUCAGUGGACACACUUUAAUUACAUCACUUUCUAGGAUUAGCGUGUGCACCUCUGUGUUUGUGUGUGUUUGUGUACACGUGUGUGUGCAAUCAUAGAAUAGUAUGGGAAGAGGAGGGUGGCAGGGAGGGAGGCAGGGAGGGAGGGAAAAGAGAAACUGAGUAAAGGAGAAAGGAAGGAGAGAUAAUGGAGAGAGGAAAAAAGAAAGCGAAGGAUGGAGAACAGAGAGAGACCAACAGGAAAAUAAAAAUGAAGGCACAACACGAUGUUGGUAUGGUAUAAAUGCUUAUUAUCUCGGCAGAACAGUAAUCCCAGUUCCAUGGCAUCAGUACUCCCAGUUCCUGGUAUCAGAACAGUACUCCCAGUUCCUGGUAUCAGAACAGUAAUUCCAGUUCUAUGGUAUCAGAACAGUAGUUUUAGUUCCUGGUAUCAGAACAGUAGUCCCAGUUCCAUGGUAUCAGAACAGUAGUCCCAGGUUCUGGUGUCAGCCUAAUCUCUGUUGAAUAGGUUGUCUUGUUAUGUACUGUUAAACGUGAUUUGUAAUGGUCACUUCCAACUUGCCACUUUGUUUUAUUUUUCUAAAAGAAAAUUAAACUCUUGAUGAAAAAUGUA